AUGUCCUCCUCCCGGGCACUGCGGAUUUUCCCAUCCUCUGGCUUUGAAUUGAUUGAGAAGGAUAAGCUCAUAGACGAGGAGCGACUUCCCGCCUACUAUCCCGAGAAAUACUAUCCUGUUCGCUUGGGAGAGGUGCUGGGUGAAAGAUACCAGAUUCUUGGGAAAUUGGGAUUUGGGACAACUUCAACCGUAUGGUUGGCCCGUGAUCUCCAGACAGAUGCAUACGCCACACUCAAGCUCUAUGUAACUGGAGCAGAGAGAGGUCGUGAAUUAAACAUGUACAAGCGCAUCGAGGAAGCUAUCUCCCAAACAGACCAUCCAGGAAGAACAUCAUGCAUCCGCACACUCCUUGGGUCCUUUCAGGUCAAAGGCCCCCAUGAUUUACAAACCACCAAUUUGAUCCUUAGUGUGAGCAGGCCUGAGAUAUUUCCAGCUUUUGAAGAGGCACAAAUCUCCCAUCCAGUACCACGGAAAGUCGUUGAUGACAAUCGUAAUAUCUAUACAACAAGGCCAUUAAAUCUAUGCAAUGGGCUGCCAUUAAUCUGUGAUUUUGGGGCGGCUCGGACCUUUGAGGAGGCUGGAACUCCUGGAGAAGAUGUCAUGCCAGAUGUCUACAAGGCGCCAGAAGUUAUUCUUCAUAUGAAAUGGGAUCGUCAAAUUGAUAUUUGGAAUGUUGCCAUGGUGGUCUGGCACCUCCUCAUGGGAGAACCACUGUUCAAAGGUCGAAGCCCCUGUGGUACAUAUCAAGACGACAGAGUGCACAUGGCCGAGAUGGUUGCACUUAUGGGAAAUCCUCCCCUGGAGUUUACCCAACGGUCGCAUAUGAGCCGUGCAUUGUGGGAUGAGAACGGAAGAUAA